GGAUUCUUGGCCUUACUGACUUCAGUCCCUCCCGAGAGUUAUAAAUAUGCGGGUCUGGUUUUGUGCUGUGAUAAUCCUUGCGUUCGAAUCGGCCGUCAUCCUUGGGCAGAAAAAUGUCCGCGGUGGUUGUACCGGGCAGAAGACUUGCGCGGCGUGUAUUAGAACUCUGGGCUGUAUCUGGUGUAACAUCGAGGAUGUCCGGAAAACGAGUGACACGAAAUCACGAUGUGUGAACGAAAGUCAGCUUGCCGAGGACAGCUUGUGGUGCACGAACGGGAAAAAAGAGAAUUACACAAGCCAAUUGAACAUAAUUGACGACGCGAACUUUUUCUCGGCAAAAGAAGGAGAGAAAGUGGUGCAGCUCCGACCGCAACGUGUCAACUUGAGGCUUCGAAAGGGUAAAGAGUACCGUCUCAAGUUGGCGUAUAAAAGGGCCAGGGAUUAUCCAAUGGAUCUGUAUUUCCUUGUCGAUUUGUCGAUAUCGAUGGAUGAAUUUCGAGCUACUCUUUCCAAAUUGGGAUCUGAGAUAGCCCGCAAGCUGGAACACCUCACAUCCGACUUCCAGUUGGGAUUUGGAAGCUUUAUCGACAAAAAAAACUACCCGUCAACCGUCCUAUAUAACAAUUUAAUUUUGCCCAAGUCUUACGCUUUCAAACACAGCCUCAACCUGACAACAAAUCUCAAAGAAUUCGAGAAAGUAGGUGAUCCUGGCCCUGAUGUAGGCGUUAAUGAUGUCCCCGAGAGCGGUUUCGAUGGUAUCAUGCAAUCCAUCGUUUGUAGAGAACAGAUUGGUUGGCGAUCAAAAGCCCGAAAUCUUCUUAUUCACGCAAGUGACGCACUCCCUCACAUCGCUGGUGACGGUAAGAUCGGAGGAUUGCCUGAACCUAAUGACGAGCAGUGCCAUCUGGAUGAAUCAGGGUAUUAUACACAUGCGGAACUUCAAGACUUUCCCUCCAUUGGCCAGAUAAAUCACCAGGCUGCUAACAACUCCGUGAACAUACUUUUUCUGGUAUUUCGCUCUCAAGAUGAGGAGGUCUAUAAAGGGAUAACACGCGUGAUUAAGGGUUCCACAGUUCGAACUGUUGGUAGUGACUUUGACAACGUUCUACAAGUAAUCAGGCAGGAAUACGAGAGUUUAGUCGAAUCUGUCACGAUGACAAGUCGGACAUCCUCGAAGGUCAUUGACGUUCAGUUUCUUUCGAAGUGUUCGGGCAAGGAGGAGAACUUGCGAGAUAAAUGCGACAACAUUCACAUUAACGAUACCGUCGAAUUUGUAGCCGAAAUAAAGGCAAUAACCUGCCCGGAGCGAGAAGAAGAUUGGCAUCAGACCAUCGAAAUUCGGCCACAAGGAAUCAACGAAAAACUUAUCGUUAACGUUGAGCUUCUGUGCGGCUGCGAAUGCUCGAAAGACAAGCCUAAGAACUCAGAAGCUUCGCAUUGCCGAAGUUACGAGAAAUUUGAUUGCGGUGUUUGCACGUACGACGGGGAUUUCUUCGGGAAAAACUGCCCGAGCAAGAAGGACGAAGACGAGGAGGAGGCGGAAAAGCUGACUCAGGCCUGUCGGGCGAGCAACACGUCCGAGGUUCUGUGCAGUGAUCAGGGACGAUGCAUAUACGGCAAGUGCUGCUGCUUCUCGGAAAACAUUAAGGGCACAUUUUGCGAAUGCGACGACAACUCUUGCCGACGAUCCAACGACGGCCUGAUGUGCGGAGGGCACGGGACAUGCGAUUGCGGAAAGUGUGCCUGCUACUAUGGAUGGGGCGGAAAAGCAUGCGAAUUGGAAACUGACACGUCUUCGUGUUUCCCGCCGGUCAAAAAUGCCAAGGCUUGCAGCGGCGCCGGGGAGUGCAAAGGCGGAAAGUGCGUGUGCGACAAGGAAAAGAAGAGGCACGGAGAAUUCUGCGAGGAAUGCCCGUCGUGCCCGAGUCAGAAGUGCGACGAGCUCAAAGACUGCGUUGAGUGUGUUGUGCAUAAUGCCGGCAGUAUCCACGUGAAAUCCCCGGAUUGUGAUGGUUGCGGUAAAUACAAUAUUAAAAAGGUUGACGCGAUUGAGAAAAACGCUGACGAGAAAAACCCAGAAGAACACUAUUGCCAAAUUCCGGCCGGUGACGGAUCCACGUUCGUUUUUACAUACUUUUACAACGGCAAGGAUAUCCAUGUAAACGCGGAAAAGGAUAAAAAGUAUCCCCUGAUCGAUGAUUUCGUUGCUGUGACUCUCGCCGUGAUGGCUGUUACUUUGUUACUGGGAUUGCUGACUAUCCUGGCAUGGAAGGUGGCAACGCAUGUCCACGACAAGAGAGAGUUCCAGAAAUUCGAGAAAGAGCGUGCGAAUCCAAAAUGGGGUCAGACUCGAAAUCCACUCUACGUUGAUGCAGUGACAACUUUCCAAAACCCCACCUUCAGCUCUCUUCGCGAAGCCGAUGAAUUUUAGAAUGCUUCAAACCCUUGCUCAUAUUUCCGUCAUACAGAAUACGUAACUUAUCUUUUAGGUCUGUCCAAUUAUUAUAAAUCCUUUUAGCUUCUUAACAUAUAGUGAUAAGCCAUUUGUCUUCCCGAAUCAAGUUGUCGUAUCACUAUUCAAACAAUUGAGCGCUUAACGGUGUUUUGAGUACAGGAAUUUACCAUCAUGAACCUAUUAAAUAUUCUACUAUAAUGGGUUGGAGUAAAAAUAAUUUCGGUCAACUAUCUUCGCCGGAUAAUAAAUCAGUUUUAUUGUAGGUAAAUUUUUUUCUUCUUUUCUUAUAUGUAUACCUGUCUUAUAUUACAUGAAAUCUCCUCUAUCGUGAAUAGUACCAGGGAUCCAUAAUCGGAUAAACCUGUGGUUCUUCAGUAUGCGGAACUGGCCCAAUUCAGUUAAUCAUUGUAUAUUUCGCUAUUACAAUUAAAAGCACAUUACAACUAUUAUAUGUUAUAACCAUAAUAAGAAUACUAAAAAUUUGUCAAUGACCAAAUUUAUCAACCAUAAUAAACAUACUAGUCUUCGUACCUA